AUGUCCCAUCACUCCUCGGUGCUGCGGACGGCACCCAUCGCUAUUGCCCCGAAGCCUCCAAGGCGAGAACCGGCACCCCAACGACUGGGCCGUAUUCCCAAGUUUGAGAUAGGUCCCAGCAGCCCUCAGGCAGGUGCCUAUGUCGAAUCGUCCUCUCUUGCUGGAUCUGCAGUGGCUCCCUGCCAGACCUGCCGACUGUCCGGUAUCCGAUGUGUCGUCGUCGGUGAUGACGAAGAGGGUUGCUAUGAGUGUCAAGCCAACGGCGCCGAAUGCUCUUUCCUUUCAAGCUCGCUCGCGAGCCCGCAGGCUCGCAAGCGGAAACCGGACGGAAUGCCAACCCGUGAGGCCAGCUUCAGUAAACGAAAUUCACCAUACAAUUCGACCCGCAAGCUGGGUAACUCGAGUCUGUCCAGCACCGCAGCCAGCAGUUCCUUUCUGGAAGACAUGGCCAACGUCGGCGGGCCCACCAUGCUGAAGAGAACCUUGGGUAUGCAAAACGACCGUUUCAGCCAGCACAUCGGGCUCACGACGGAUUUCGAGCCCUCCCUCAUCAACUUGUCGACCUUUGACCCCCAAGACGAAAGCUUGCUGGCCAGAGGUACGCUUCGUAAAGUCAGCGAUGACGACACCUUCCUGAUGCUGCCAGACAGCUGCACGCCGGGCUUCCAUCGCAUCAUGGAAGAUGCUGACGCCAUCGAGGCGACGGUAUCACCGCAUGGCCGGAGGCUGAUUGACCUCUACUUUCGAAUCGUUCAUCCAGCUUUCCCCAUCAUCCAAAAGCACGUCUUUCUGGAAAAGUAUGAACGGUCGCAUCGAGAAUUCUCGCCUCCCAUCCUGGCUGCCGUGUAUAUUCUGGCCAUUAACUGGUGGGAUCAUGAUCCGGACCUCUCCAAGCUGGCCCGUCCGGAUCUUGGGCAGCUCGAAAGCCUUGCUCGAGGCACCUUGGCGGAUGCCAUGAACAGACCGAAACUGUCCACUAUCCAAGCAGGCUUGCUCCUGUCUCAACGGCCAGAGGGCGACCAGUGGGCACCGACAGCGCAGCUCGUAGCCGUUGGACAGGAGCUAGGGCUGCACCUGGACUGUUCCAACUGGAAGAUUCCGCCCUGGGAGAAAGGCCUUAGACGUAGGUUGGCCUGGGCACUGUACAUGCAGGACAAAUGGGGAGCUCUGGUGCAUGGCCGCCCAUCCCACAUCUACCCGUCCAACUGGGGCGUCCGAAGCCUGACUCCCAACGAUUUCCCAGAUGUUGAGUGGGACGAGAGCGAUUCGGAGGAAAAGCAGGACGUGGAGAAUGGCCGGCUCCUUUUCACUCGGUUCGUGCAGCUGUCCAAAAUCCUGGCCGAGAUUCUGGAAACGUUUUACACGCUAAGCUCGACCCGGAACGUCGCAGAUGCCGGCGCGCAGGGUACUCAGCUUGUCUUGUCUCUUGCCAAGCCCGUCCAGCUCAAGCUCAAGGAGUGGUACAGCAGCUUACCUGCUUGCAUCCGUCUCGAAUCGUGCUCCAUGGCGAGCUACGCCCCUGCGUCGCCACCGCCGCCGCCAACGAGCAGGCCGUCGUCGAGCAUCGGCUACCUCCACCUGGGCUAUUUCGCCACGGAGAUAACGCUGCAUCGCAGCAUCAUCCGAUCGUUGGCAUCAAACUCUUCCGCAGUGGACCCCUACGUUCAGCACAUAUGCCGAAGCGCGGCCAAGGCUCGCCUCAUCUCCGCCAUGGACUUUGUCAACCGGCUGACGCCGAAACACCUACGCUCGUUCUGGUUCUUCGCGUCCAAGACCAACUUUGCGCUGAUUGGCACGUUCGGCUCGCUUCUGUGGGCGACGUCUCCUGGUCGGGAGGAGGCGGACUGGUACCGCCGGCGGUUGGGGGAGUAUCGAUGGACGCUUUCCGUAAGCUUCAAACCGGGGGAAAGACGGCGUCUCACCGAGUUUGCAAUGUCGAUGCUGGAUAUAUCCACGGGGUUGCUCAAGAGGCUACCCGAGAAACCACCCAUGAGCCGAAGCGUAAGCCUGGCAGACAUGUCGGCCCCAUCCGGACCGCCGUCAUUUCCCAGCUCCCUCCCCGGUGGCGGUAGUCUGUUCGGCCAGUUUAGCAAUUUCCAUAGCGCCGAUACGAGCAGCGUUACAAGUCCGCUCAGCGAUGAAUCACGUAGUGACGACAAUAUGGAGGACAACUAUGCGACACCGAUAUAG